AUGGACGUGGAACAUACGGAGGACAAGUUUCAACAUAUGUCGUUGGAGGCAGAACCGUCUCAUGACGGGUUUGAAGAGUCCAUGUCGAGUAUGGCCGUGAAUGAGGACGUGGAGGGAGCUGAUGCGGACGGUAAGCUGUCCGGAGAAUUGGAAUUGACCAAUUCCAACACGGAGCUCCAGACGGCAAACUUCUCGUACCACGAGAGCAGGCAAUUGCUGGAGAAUAACAACAAAAAGAUCGCAGUCGAUGAGAAGGGAGUGAACCCGGCGAUUAUUGGGCAGCCACUUGCACGGUGCACCCUCAAAGGAGAGGACGAGGACUCUCUCCGCGGGUGCGCAGAAUACAGUCCCCAGUUUGAAGAGUGCACCCGCAUGGGUCGACCCACAGGUUCACACGAAGGACUCCGCGUCGUACAAGAUGGGAUGCUCGUCGAUGAUACGUCCAAGGAAGUAAGAGACAACCCUUCCCCUGAACUGGUCGACUUGUACUCCAAAGUGGAGUACUGUAGGGAAUUGAGGACCAAGUACCAAGGGUUGUCGAUGCAACGCAACGACCAGAAUCCGAAGAACAGCACAGACUGGGAAAUAUACCCGCCACCUCCUCGGCCAUCCUACAACGACGCCACCAAGACCGUCGUGCCCGUGGUCAACAAGCCGGACGCUGAAGUAUUCGACUUUUCCAAGUGCAUCAUCCCUGGUGAGGAUAAAGAAUGGGACUACUUCAUCAACGAGGACGACUCGUAUGCGGUGAACAGAGCUGGCGACAGGGGGGAUCUAAUUGCAAAUAUUCCGACUCUGCGCGACUACUACCUCGACUUGGACAAAAUGGUUUCCAUCUCGUCUGAUGGGCCAGCUAAGUCCUUCGCGUUUAGAAGGUUACAGUACUUGGAGGCGCGUUGGAACCUGUACUAUCUGCUGAACGAAUACCAGGAGACGAGCGUGUCCAAGAGGAAUCCACACAGGGACUUCUACAACGUCAGGAAAGUGGACACUCACGUUCACCACUCUGCCUGUAUGAAUCAAAAGCACCUGCUGCGUUUCAUCAAGUACAAGUUGAGACACAAUAAGGACGAAAAGGUCAUUUUCAGAGAUGGGAAAGUACUUACUUUGGACGAGGUGUUCCGCUCUUUGAACCUGACGGGUUACGAUCUGUCCAUCGACACUCUGGACAUGCACGCUCACAAGGACACUUUCCACCGGUUCGAUAAAUUCAACUUGAAGUACAACCCUAUAGGUGAAUCCCGUCUGAGAGAGAUCUUCUUGAAGACAAACAACUACAUCAACGGGUCGUACCUGGCCGAUAUUACCAAACAGGUCCUGUUCGACCUGGAGAACUCCAAGUACCAGAACUGCGAGUACAGAAUCUCCAUCUACGGGAGAUCCCUGGACGAGUGGGACAAGCUUGCUGCGUGGGUCAUCGACAACAAACUGAUCUCACACAACGUUCGGUGGUUGAUCCAAAUCCCUCGUCUGUAUGACAUAUACAAAAAAACAGGCUUGGUAGAGACGUUCUUCGAUGUUUGCAAAAACCUGUUCCAGCCACUGUUCGAGGUGACCAAAAACCCACAAUCGCACCCUAAACUACACGUCUUCUUGGAAAGAGUUAUCGGAUUCGACUCCGUGGAUGACGAGUCCAAAGUGGACCGUCGGUUCCACAAAAAAUACCCAAAACCUUCCCUGUGGGAUGCUGCCCAAAACCCCCCUUACUCUUAUUACCUUUACUGCUUAUACUCUAGUAUGGCUUCGUUGAACCAAUGGAGAGCAAAGAGAGGGUUCCCAACUCUGGUGCUAAGACCACAUUGUGGGGAGGCCGGGGAUCCAGAGCAUCUGGUAUCAGCCUAUUUGCUGUCUCAAGGUAUCUCACACGGGAUUCUAUUGAGAAAAGUGCCAUUUGUCCAGUAUCUGUACUACUUAGACCAAGUUCCUAUUGCCAUGUCCCCCCUGUCGAACAACGCACUUUUCCUCACGUACGAUAAGAACCCAUUCCCAAGGUACUUCAGAAGAGGGUUGAACGUUUCCCUGUCCACGGAUGAUCCGUUACAGUUCUCGUACACGAGGGAACCGCUGAUUGAGGAAUACUCCGUCGCGGCGCAAAUUUACAAACUAUCUAACGUUGAUAUGUGCGAACUGGCAAGGAAUUCCGUGCUGCAAAGUGGGUGGGAGGCCCAAAUCAAACAACACUGGAUCGGGAAGGACUUCGAAAAGUCCGGUGUCGACGGUAACGAUGUCGGGAAGACAAACGUACCAGACAUCAGAAUCAAUUACAGAUACGACACGUUGUCCACAGAACUGGAACUGGUAAACCAUUUUGCAAACUACAAAAGGGACAAGGCUGUCGAAGCGAAAUGA